AUGACUACACUCAAGUCUGGCGACUCGUUCCCUAACGACGUCAUCUUCAAGUACAUUCCAUGGAGCGAGGAGAGUGAUGAAAUUACCUCCUGCGGCAUUCCCAUCAACUACAAUGCCUCGCAGGAGUGGGCCAACAAGAAGGUCGUCUUGUUCUCAGUUCCCGGUGCCUUCACCCCAACUUGUUCCGUCAACCACGUGCCAGGAUAUAUCCAGAACCUGCCCAACCUCCGUAAGAAGGGGGUUGACAUUGUCGCGGUCGUUGCUUUCAACGAUCCGUUCGUGAUGAGUGCCUGGGGCAAGGCCAAUGGAGUUCGGGAUGAUAUUCUUUUCCUCUCGGAUCCCGAUGCCAAAUUUUCCAAGAGCAUUGGUUGGGCCGAUGAGGCGUCGGGCCGUACAGGCCGGUAUGCGAUCGUUAUCGAUCACGGUAAGGUCGGCUAUGCCCAAAUCGAGACCGAAAGGGGUGUUGUCAAGAAAUCUGGCGCCGAUGCCGUUCUUGCUUCCCUUUAA